AUGCAAUCUACGGAUGCAAAUCGAGUGCUAUGCCUGCUGCAGCACAUCAACGACAGAGAGCUGAGACGGCUGGAGCUACCCAGUCUUCUUUCGGCCUUACUUCUACCUGUAGCAUUACUGGAAGACCAAGGGGGACACAGCAGAGGCAGCAGCAGCAGCAGCAGCAGCACAGAGGCUCUGCCGGUGCAUCAGCAGGCUCUCGUAAUACGCGGCGCAGCUUCGUUGGUGUUGCAGCAGUGGAUGUUGCUAGCAGCGGAUGCUCUUCAGUUGCUGCGGCGUCUUCUUCACCCAGAAAAGCAAGCCCAUCGGCGCAGCCAUAGCAUCACCGAACAUCACCAGCUAGUGGGGAGGCAACAGCAGGAUUCCAGAAGGAAAAGGGUUCGUACAGCCGGCUCCCGCAGACAAGAUGACAGAGAAGAGAGGCAGGAAGAUGCAGACGAGGCAGCAGAGGCAAUAUGGGAGCGAACAGCACAUCUCCAGCUGCAACAGCAACACAAUCAAGGAGAGGAGGAGUCUCAACAACGCCUAAGACGAUUGGGCAGCGUCUUCGCCAAUCAUCUGCUUGAGGCAGAGUCAAGUGUGAGUGCCAGCAGGGACAGCGCCAGCCUAUUGCUGCAACGGGGAGCUCCAGACCUCUUCAAUGCUUGCUGGGCUGCUGUGGCCACUCCUCUUCGCUCCGGAGAGAGUCAUCCUGAGCAGCAACAGCAGCAUCAAGUCGGUUCGCACGAAAGGCUUCUUGCUGCAGCCGGGGAAACUCGUGCUCCUGGCAUGUCAUGGAGGCGGUGGGCGUUCGGCGGCCCUGACAACCAUCUCCCGUUCCCCUCAGCAGCAGCAGCUUCCAGCGCAGCAGCGGCUGUUCCAGUUGAAAAAACUGCCUCAGCAGCAGCAGGUGAUUUAGCAGGGGACGGAGUAGAAGACCCAGAAGUUGAGUCUGCUGACUUUGCAGAUAUGUGGGACCCUCUUCCAGACGAGGAGCAGCAGGAAACUUACGAGGCACAACAGCAGCAGCAGCUGCAGCAGCAGUCAGAACAGGGCGAUUGUUACGGCCACGGUGUACAGCUGGACAUCAACAUAUCACGAAGAACAGCAAGCAGCAGCAGCAGCAAUAAUACGGCCUUUCCCAGACUGCUCAACACUACGGGCAAGAGUGCAGGUCCUCCGCGCCGACUCCAUGCUGCGACGCACCUAGUACUAACAAGUGCUGAAGUUUAUGAGCUGUACGGCAUUCACCCCGUUGCUAAGCUUUACUGGUGGAUGCAGCAGCAGCUACUUGUUUCUGGUAGCAAGCAGGCGUGGAACCUGCUUCACAAGCCAGCAGCGGCUGUUACAGACGUCCGCAGCGCUGUUACAGAAAGAAUUUUAAAUAAACUCUCUUCCAGCUCCGGGCCCUUGUAUACUGCUUCUGCAGCAAACAAAAAUGGUGGACAACAGCACAGUACAGUGCUGGGGGCUCCGUGUCCCCGUGGGGACUGGGAGGGAGAAUUUACACUCUACACUGAGGCUGAGCUGCAGCAGCAGCAGCAGCAAGACAGCAGCAGCCGCAGGCGCAGAAGCGGGGAUAUUAUGGGCAGCGGCGAGUACGUGGAGGUGCUGCGAGGCAUCUUCGACAGCAGCAGCAUGCAGCAGAGGGCCACGCAAACACGCCUCACUCAAAUGCCAAGGGAAUCGGAAGCUUCGAGCACUUCCCGGUUGGGGAACAGCCGGCGAGCUAGCGGGCGGAGUGCCCCUUCUUCAGAGGCAUCUCUUGAGGCACUAGCCUACGGGGACUUCCCUGACUUUGACAGCUGCCCCACAGAAUUUAGCGACGACAAGCAGCAACAGCAAGAGGGGAAGCAUCAGCAGGAGGGGAAGCAACAACAGCACCAGCAACAUCACCACGAGGCUCAUGGAACAGCCGUUACCUCUCUCAGGCUUAGACAACUUCUGCAGCAGUAUGCUCUCACGCACCCUGAUGUGUCAGACCCCGAAUUGCCGGGCGGAGAGUCACCGGCCCAGCAGCAGCAACAACAGCACCAAGACCAGCAGAACGCAUCCACAAUUCCAUUAAGUCGGCUGUUGCCGAUAGGCCGCAUUGACCCCCGCACAGCCUGUUGCACAUUUUCCCACCUGCUGUCACUACACAGGCACGGCUCAAUUAAGCUGCAGCAGCAACCACAAGUCUUGCCCAUGCCCUCAAACAAGCCUUAUCCCGAGCUUUUUGUACACGUGACGCAACAGUGGCGUAGAGCAGGUGAGUCUGAAGGGGUCCAGCAGAGACGCGAGGGCAUGUCACCACAGCAGCUUGAGCAGGAGCAGCAACCAAGGUGCAACACCUCUGCGGGGUGA